CUUAAUGCAGUGUCACAUUUAUGCAUCAUAAAACAAAGGAAACUUCACCGACAAUUAAAAGCUAAAAAAAUUAUCAAUAAGGAAAAUGCAUGGAUGGUGCAAUUCAACUUUACUGUUGUUUCCUAGUAAGCAGAAAACAGCAUAAGUCUAAGUCUACCCAAGUCUUCAUUAAUUAUUGAAAUGCAAUUUCCUUUUACUUUCCUAACUAUUUCUUGAUUUCACACUAUGUACUUGUUACAUAUAUGACAACCGCUUGAGAAACUCUCAGAGGAUAUAUUAUAUAACAACUCUGUCUUCAUUGAUAUUUUGAUAACAAUAAUUGUAACAAUCACCCAAAACCAGAAGUUUCCCUUUACACACUAUACUAUAUACAUGGCAGAUAGCGUGGUUGCGUUCCUUUUGGAACACUUAUCACAAUUGCUGCAACGCGAAGCUAAUUUGCUGUGUGGAGUGGAAGACAAAAUCAUAUCCCUUCGUAAUGAACUUGAAAUCAUAAACAUAUAUCUCAAAACUUCUUCUGAAUGGAAGAAGAACAACCACAAACAGAUCGAACAAAAGGUUUUGACUCAGAUCAGAGAUGUCUCCUACUCAGCCGAGGAUGUUAUCGACACAUUCAUCACCAACGUCGCCUUCUACAAGAAGAGAAAUGUGCUGGGAAGAAUGCUUCACAGUGUUGGUCAUGCAAAAUUGCUCCACGACGUAGCAGAAAAAAUUGACAAGAUCAAAACCAUGCUGAACGAGAUACACGAAAACAAGAUCAAAUACUGUCAAGAAAGCAAUGAUCAAUCAACUUCAGCUAGAGAAGAUGAGAAGAGAACGCAAACACUUCACAGAUUAAGACGAAACGUGGAGGAGGAAGAUGUAGUGGGCUUUGUCCAUGAAUCUGAGGUAGUCAUCAAUAGACUCAUAGAGGGUGGUUUGCCGCGACUCAAAGUUUUUUCAAUUAUUGGUAUGGGUGGAUUGGGCAAAACCACACUGGCACGAAAAGUCUAUAACAGUAAUGAGGUAAAGAAACAAUUCAAUUGCCGCGCAUGGGUUUAUGUGUCAAAUGAAUGUAGGGCCAAAGAUCUUUUGCUUGGUCUUCUUCAAAUUUUGAUGCCAAACCGUAAUUAUGAAUGUAGUAGCAGCAACAUCAAAAAGGGUAAGAAGAAACACAAGGAAGAUGUGAAUAACUUAAGUGAUGAGGAGUUGAAGAAAAGAGUGCGGGAAUGUUUGAAGUGGGAAAAGUAUCUGCUGGUUCUAGAUGACUUGUGGAAAAUACAAGAUUGGGAUGAAGUAAAAGAUGCUUUUCCCGAUGAAAAUAAAGGAAGCAGAAUAUUGAUAACCAGUCGUUUGAAAGAAGUUGCCUCACAUACCGGUCGAGAUCCUCCAUAUUAUCUUCAAUUUCUCAGUGAAGAACAAAGUUGGGAGCUCUUUUUCAAAAAAGUAUUUAGAGGAGAAGAAUACCCUCGUGAUCUUGAGUCUCUAGGUAAACAAAUUGUUAAAAGUUGUGGCGGUUUGCCACUCUCAAUUGUGGUUCUUGCCGGACUUCUGGCAAAUAAGGAAAAGUCUCACAGAGAAUGGUCCAAAGUGUUGGGUCAUGUUAACUGGUAUCUUACACGAGACGAGACUCAAGUAAAGGAUGUUGUACUUAAACUCAGUUUCGACAAUUUGCCUUCAAGAUUGAAACCAUGUUUUCUGUAUCUAGGGAUAUUUCCCGAAGAUUCUGAAAUACGUGUGAGUCAAUUGUUGCAACUAUGGAUCGCUGAAGGAUUUAUACAAGAAACAGAAAGUAGAGAUGCAUGUGAUGUUGCUGAAGACUACUUGUAUGAGCUCGUUGAUCGUAGUUUAAUUCAAGUAGCACGAAUAAAAGAUAGCGGAGGCGUGAAAACAUGUCGCAUCCAUGAUCUUCUCAGAGAUCUCUGCAUUUUGGAGAGCAAAGAGGAUAAGUUCUUUCAGGUUUGCACUGAUAACAACAUUUUAAUCCCUACAAAACCACGUAGAUUGUCUGUCCAUUCUAGCAUGUCUCACUAUCUUUCAUCAAGCACUGUUGACCAUUCAUGUGUUCGUUCUUUGUUUUGUUCUGACAAUAGUUCCUUGUAUUAUGGCUAUGAGUGGAAAUGGCUUACCAAAAAUUUCAAAUUGGUUCAGGUGUUAGAUUUUGAAGGAAAAUGUUGUUUUAAGAUUCCUUCGAACUUAGGAAACUUCAUUCACUUGAGGUUCCCACAAUUACAGGAGUUUCAUAUGAGAAAUUUGCCUAUUCGAAACUGGAAAUUAGGUAAUGGUUCAAUGCCACGCCUUCACAUCCUUGAUAUUUAUGGAUGUGAUAAGUUGGAUAGCCUCCCAAGUGAAUUAUGGUCUUUGACUACCUUAAGAAAAGCACGUGUUUGGAAUCCCUCCUCAGCAAUGGCUGCAAUGCUAAAAAAUUUGGAAGUUAAAAAUGGAUAUCAGCUUAUUGUAGAAUAA